CUCACUCAGCUCCGAAUCCAGCCACGAACCACCGAGAAUGUGCGCGAAAUGCUCCACUGCUGUUCUCUGUAACUCCACAGGGCAAAUUCUCCAUGUAUACAUGGCUUCGGGAACGUCGGAGUGACAUUGAAGAAGAGGAAGACGCAUUUCUGAACACCCAGAACCUCCCUCUCCAGCUCAUCUACAGUCAGCAUCCGUACACCGUGGACCUGUUACCACCGGACUGGUACCACUGACCAUUUCACCCUGUGUGGAUACUUCUCCAGACCGCGGAGGAUUUGCGCAAAAUUCGAACGGACCAAAUUAUGACUCAUUUUACUUUGCUUGGAUGAGUUUUACAUCUAUUGCUUUUGAUUUGUCUGUCAGUAUACGCGUAUUAUAUUUUUACAAAUUCUAAUUUGGCCAAAUAAGGUUAAAUAAUGACUUUUAAUGACACUUCGUUCAAAUUAAAUAACGUUCUGUCAGAUGCGUAAAAUGAAAACCAAAGCGCGUAAAUCGACAUCGGAUUAACUCUCGCCUCGCAUCCCGGCCACAUUCCCGUGAAAAUCUAUGGAAGUAGCCGAGCUUGCUUUGAACUUGCUUUAGGCUGGGUGCCGGGAGUGUUUUCUGCGGGACGUGGUGAGGAUGCAGUCGGGGAUGCGGGCGCUCUGUGCCGGCGGAGGCACGUCUCUCUGCUGCCUGCUUAUGCUGUGGAUGAUCUACACCCACAUCCUGAAAGAAGGUCAGUUGGCAGUAGGCACAUGUGAGAUAGUGAUGUUGAAUAGAGACAGCAGUCAACCCAAGCGCACUAUCGCCAGGCAGACGGCCCGCUGUGCCUGCCGGAGAGGACAGAUCGCUGGCACCACACGAGCCCGACCAGCAUGCGUGGACGCACGGAUAGUGAAAAGCAAGCAGUGGUGUGAGAUGUCUCCGUGUUCAGAGGGUGAGAUCUGCGGCCUGCUCUUCAACCGCUCCGGAUGGACCUGCACCAAAGGCGGAGGACGCAUUAAAACUGUCACGCCUCUGCCCAAGGAGCCGUCCUAAAGGACUUCAGAUUGCGGUGAGGAGGUUUGCUGACAUUCACAGGAGCGACGCCAAACAGGAAUCAUCCAUCAGCCCCCACACAUGUAGUGUCCAUCCCUUCAUCCCGGAGCUAAAGAUAUCCGCUGCCCUUCUCCCCAUCGUUCCCCAAACUGCAAGCGGAAGCCGUGUUUCGGUUCCACUCAAUCAAGCUUCUCGACGGUUUCACACAGGUCAUCGAGUCCCAGCAGUCCACCAUCAUCUCACAACAAGACGACGUGUGACAUUUCCAACAGAAACCUUGACACAAUUGAACUGUUUAAGUUUCCAUCUCCAAACGCAUUUGCUUUCGGACAGAGAAGACAGUUUGCGCACCGUUGUCUGAGUUUAAAACACGGUAAGGCUGUUCAUUAAUGACUCCAACUACAGCUUCAGAGAAAAUUCCAAGGAUGACCUUAAAAGAUACACCGGAGAUCAUCUGUAAAGGAAUAAGGUGUAAUUACGGAAGAGAAAAGCAGCAGAUGACUGACGUAUCCUGUAGAUUUGACCUCACACGGUUUUACCAUAUGGAUUGUGCGCCGCUGAGCUCGGAGAAUAGCAAUGCACUGAUGCCGUCAACUUUAAUCAUGGGUGAUUUAAAGAUUAGCAAACAAUGUGUGGAUGUCAUCUGUCCCUUCCUCUCUGGGGCGUCUCUCUCUCUUUCACUCUCUGCUUUAAAUGUCUGUCUCUAAAUCUCUAAUGGAUAGAUCAUUUCUAUCAAUACUUUAUUUUGACUGUAAAUUGACACUUGGAGUGUUGAGUUAGAUAGGAAAUAAAGGGUGUGUCCAUGUAAAUGUGUACAACGCUUUGAGAAGUCUCUCCAUGGGCCGCAUUGAAGUCAACGUGAAAUUAAUAUGCUGUGUGUUUCGUUUGUUAAGAAAAGACGUUGCGAUCAAUUUAUCAAUGAUUACGUUUACAUGGACACCAAUAAUACGAAUUUAAUACAAUUAAGACAAUACACUGAUUAAGAGUCUACCAUGUAAACAGCGCUUUUAGAUUAUCUUAAUCUGACUAAAGUCAUAACCGAACUAAACAGAAAUCGGAUUAAGACAUGUGGAGUCCGCCGACUUGAGUCGCAUUAUGAAAGUGCAGUGGUGUAACGGUUCACGGAUCAACAAUUCACGGUUGGAACACACGUGACCUGCGGAUUAAUAACUUUUUUGAACUUGUAGGUUAAUCCAGCAUUUACAACAGGUGCAGCGAGAUAGCCUUCCGCAUUAUUCAAAUCACAUGUAUGAACGCGUUUAGGCUUCCCUGUAAAAUAUAAUGAUGAUGGAAAAAGUUGUGGUGGGAUCUGCCUAAAUGCUUUCUUAGGUGAUUAAUUAAAGGUGUUUUCUGUCACUGUUUGUUUAGCCUUCAUUAAUGCAUUCAGUGUAAAGCUGCAUGAUUAAACAUUAAAAGAUCGUGAUCUCUAUUCAAACCCGCGCAACAUGAACGAUAAAUGAUAAUGAUUUGCAGAUGUUUAUUAAUCCUUCGAAGUGCUGCAUUCAAAUCUGUGUUUGAUCGAGAGAGAUUCAAUUUUCACACUUUUUCAGUUCGUUACAUACAAUUAAAUAACACAGAAGUACCGGGAGAACAGUUUAUAGUUCAGAUGUAAACACUGAUGUUUAUGGGAAAGAUGUUUAAUGAAACUUAACGCUGGUGAAUGUUGUUGCAAUUACAUUGUGUAACCAACAGGUGGCGACAAACAACCAUCAAAAUUAUGUCACUGUAUAGGUUUUCAGAAAAUAUACACCUAUAGUAUAAUGAAACAUGAAGUUUUAUGUGUGAAUUGGUGAAUCAUUGAUUGAAAAUAAAUACGAUAUGUUGUACAAGAUGUUAGAUUUCUAUAUUUAGCAUUAUCAGCAACAGUAGCAAAGAUCAUAUUUCGUAUUGAAUAUUUUCCUUUUUUCAGCUGGUUCUUUCUUGAUUUUUAUUUUUGUUAAAAUUGCAGCUUCUCAGUUUUGUUUGUUAAAACUAAUGGUUUUUGCAGUAAUUUUUUUUAUAAAUGGAAAGCAAAUGACAUUUGUCUCCUCCCUUUUUUGCUGAUCUGAAAAAUGGACCGAUCAGUGACUCAAAAACCGCAGUGUGAUCCGAACCGUGAGAUUUGUGAUCCGUUACGCCACUAAUUACAACAUAAUCAAACUAUUACCGUCAUGUAGGAUUUUCACCGCAUUUUGUGCCAGGAUAGUCACACAGCUCUUUGACACGAUUCUCUGCAUCUACAGAGUCAGUAAAGACCACAAACGCCUGCAUCGUGAAAUGCGAAGGAUUUUUUUUUCCCCAUACGGUGUGCGGUAUCAAAUUCCAUUAAAACAACACUCCUCCAGCAGUUCAUACUCUCAUCCAAUAUCUCGAUUGUCACGGGCGCAUGAAUGAAAUGUUCCUGAAUGAAAGUGAAAGUGCCAGACUGCAGUUAAAGUCGACAAAUUAAGAAUGAAACAUCUGAAAUUACAAACUCUGGAGGGAACGUGGAUAACAACAUUAAUUAAAUUGUGCUACAGUAUAACAUGUAAAAUGAGAUUAUGAAAGGAACAUUCAGAAAGCAACUCAUGUGAACACCUUGAUCAUAUUAUUGUCUUAUUCAGAUUAAGGCAAAUAAUUCGAUUACUGAUGUCCAUGUAAACGUAGUCAUUGAGUGCGUUUACAUGGUCACCAAUAAUACGAAUUUAAUACGGUGAAGACAAUACUCUGAUUGGGAGUCUACCAUGUAAACAGCGAUUUUUGAUUACCGUAAUCUGAUGAAGUUCAUAAUCAAACUAAACAGAAAUCGGAUUAAGACAUGUGGAGUCUGCCGAUUUUAGUCGCAUUAUGAAAGUGCAGUAUUACAACAUAAUCAAACUAUUACCGUCAUGUAGGGCAUUUUGCGACAGGAUAGUCUAUACACACACAGCUUUUGACACUAUUCGCUACACCUACCGAGUCAGUGAAGGACCACGGACACAAGCAACGUUUCCAUCCACCUAUUUUUAUGCACAUUUUGAAUAUGCGCAUUAAAAACAGUUGAUGGAAACGCCAAGAUUCGCAUCAAUUUUGAAAACGGCCAUAAAAAGCCUAUGCAUAUAUAUAUGCACAUAAACUGUGAUGGAAACACUUAUACCAAACACAUUCCAGUAUGCGCAUUAAAAAAGGUCAUGUGAUUUUGUAAUAAGCGAUCAUGUGAUGAUAAAAAUGUGUGUGAAUGGACAAACUAGCCGGCUGAGCACAUUGUAAAACAUCUGAACUGUUGUUUUGGUCAUUCUAAAACGCCUUAACCGUUUCAGUAUUAGUGUUAUUAUAUUAUUAAUGACCUCCAGAAUUAAGAGCAUCAUCUCGUUGGAUGGAAACGCUGCUUUAUUCACAGGGUUUUAUGUGAUAAUCCAGUUUUGUGCAUAACGUUAAUUUGCAUUUUUUGGAUGCAAACAUAGCUACAUACAUCGCAAAAGUGAAGGUUUUUUUCCCAUACGGCGUACGGUAUCAAAUUCCAUUAAAACAACACUCCAGCAGUUCAUACUCUCAUCUAAUAUCUCGUUUGUCACAGGGGGCAUGCAUGAAAUGUUCCUGAAUGAAAGUGAAAGUGCCAAACUGCAGUAAAAGUCGACAAAUUAAAAAUGAAACAUCCGAAAUUACAUGAAAUUCCAGAGGAAACGUGGAUAGCAUCGUGACACAAUGACGUUAAUCGAAUUAUGUGCUUUAACAUUCAAAAGGAAACUCAUGAUAUUAAACACCUUAAUGAUAUUAUUGUCUUAUUCAGAUUAAGGCAAAUAAUUUGAUUACUGAUGUCCAUGUAAACGUAGUCAUUGAUCAUGAGUAGGGCCACACAGAAUCUGCGGACAUUUUUUGCUCUUUCUGCACAGAAUUUUGUAAAAAUAAAUAAAUAAAUCUGAAGAUUUAUGCAGAAUGAUUUUGGGAGUAUCUUAACUAAAAACGUAAUGUAUGACAUAAAAAAUAAUGGUCCCACUUUAUUUUGAUGGUCCAUUUGUUGAAUUUAAGUUACAUUGCAUCUACAUGGCAACUAAUUCUCAUUAGAUUAUAAGUCGACUGUUAAAUUGGGGUUAUGGUUAGUGUAAAAUGACAUGUACUUCAAGUUUCUCAUAGUCAGUUAAAUGUCUGUUGAAGGAGCAGUAUCAACAGAUAUUAAGCAGGCAGUCUAUUAGUAGUCAAAUGGACCAUCAAAAUAAAGUGUUACCAAAAUAAUACCUUUUAACUUUAUUUAAUUGUUAGAAUGCAAAUCCAAAUAAAUUUACACAAGUAAACAAAUAGACUUGAUGGGCUGGAAAUCUGUGGAUUUCUGUGCAUGUAGAUUCCGUGUGGGCCUAAUCAUGAGUUACUGAUCACAAUAAUUGAAGCCUGUGAGAAGCCAGUGAUCAAAAAUACUGUAAUAUUGUGAAAUAUUCCCAAUUUACUCAAGCUACUGUCCAACCCAGGCUCAUUCUGAAAACGUAGCCCUUCUUACAUUUCUGGAGAUCGCUAAAUAUGUUCCAGGAGUUACGUUUCUUUGCAGUUUUUGCUUUUCCCGAAUCCACCAGAGGCCACUGUGUACGCUUUAUCAGAUCUCAAAUUUCUCUCGCGAGUGCCAUACGUGCCUGCUGUUCACACGUAAAUCCACCAGAGGCUACUGUCAUCUGACUGACUGAAUGAAUGACUGACUGAUCAACUGACCCUCCUCCUUCCCUAAACCCAACCAAUAGUGUUUUCAGAAGCACCGAUUGACACGCACACCCACUUCUCUAAACCCAACCGACAGUUUUAAAAAGCAAUCCAGAAAAAGAAAAGCCCUCAUUUUUACCACGUUUUCAGACUUUACCACAUUCUCACCCUGUUAUUUACUUGAUUAUUUAAUUUGGCUUCUGUUUUUUCUUACCCGCUUUCUGGAAUCAUUCUGCUCUGUACUCGAAGCACAUCGUUGUGGUCAACUCCUCUGCAUCUCAAGUGCGCCAACAUACAAGGCGAGCCACUGGACAAGCUAGUAACAUCCGGAAGUCUGUGAAUACGAAGGAAAGCAGUCAGCUGCUAGCACGAAAAGGAACAGCUUCAUACCACCUCGUAGCAUUCGUUUUAAAAGUAAAAUACAGCCAUACGUACUUCUGGCUACAUAAUUCAUAAUCUCCAGAAAUGUAUAUAGGGCUACGUUUUCAGAAUGAACCUUGCUUCUGUUACUUGAUCCUUCAGAAAUCUUAAUUUGAUCAAGUGCAAUCUUCAUCUCCAUAGGGAAACACUAUUUGAUUUGGUUGGUUGAUUGAUUGAAUAUGUUUUCAAAUUAUUUGUAUAUCAGUAGUGUUUAUUAGUGGAAUUUGUGCUGAAAAAACACAAUGCAAUCUUUAUUAAUUUGUAUAUGACCUCAUUUGUACAUUUUAGUAUGAUUUGCUCAUCCCCCAAUGAGGGGUGUGGUUUGGGGGCACGCCUCCUUUUAAAAAUCAUACAUUUAAAUUAAAUUGCCAAUUACUAAUUAGUCACUUACAAUUCGUAAAAUAGUAACAUUUCCUCAUGAGAUUGGGCUGGAAAUACUACAUUACCCAAAAUGCUGCACAGAAAAUUCCACCAAUCAGAGAGCUGCAGUGAGCAAAGCACACAAAAAGAGAUCUUUAGCUCCGCCUGCUCCCAUGAAACAACUAAACAAAUAAAGUCUGUCUCAUUUGCUCUCAAAGUACCUGUAUAAUAAUUCUAUAUACUAUACAUAUUUUGCAAUAAACCUGAAGUAUAUUGUUUCUAUAGAUACAGGCAACAACUUUAAAUGAGUAGUUUUAUUUUUUAAUUUAACUGUCAGUGACCUCCGCAAUGCUUCAUGGGAUUGUAGUUCUCAUUAAAGCCGUUUAGUACACAGUCUUA